CGCUCAGCUAUGACUCGCCCAUAGGAGAACAAGAAGAAACGUAUUCUUGUUACCGUAGCACCUGCCCCUGUGCUUUCGUUCCCCAUGCCCAGCUUCGAUAGCGUGCGUGGCUUUUCUGAGGAAGGGACUUUUAACGGUCAGCAGCCCCCAUGUUCAAAGCCCAAUAGUGCGUCGAGGGACUUCUGUCUCUACGAUGAAGACCCUCUAGCUCUUUUCCAUGGGGCCGAGGUCGACGAAGCUUGCAGGAUGAACAGCAAGGAUGGCAAUGGCGAGAGCAUACGAUGCUGAUAGGCCAAUUGCACACGAUACGUGUAAUCUGUGGGUUUCUGCACGAGAGAGGGCCAGCCUAACCAGAGCCUGGCCUGGCUCUGGCACCCUGGCAUACGUAACCCAAGGAGGAUUAUAAGAUGGGGGCGGUACUACAAGCGAAAACUCUGGUUAAAAUACGGAAUCACCAGUAUAGUCUUUUUAUUCUUCACACGCUCAGCGCUAUAAAAACACAUAUCAGAAAAGGAGGCAAAAAAGAGAAAAAGACAUGAGGAUUCAAAAAUUCGGGUCCGUCCAGCGCUAAAACAUAGAAUUGGCAACAGAGAUACAGGAGAAGAGGAAGAAGAAGAGAAGAGUAGGAAGAAGAAGAAAAAAGCAAGAUAAAAGAAGCCAAAAAAAAAGGAGAUAAAAGAUGAAAACAAGUCCAAAAUCUAACAAGCGCCACCAUUUCCCGCCAGAACCGCCGCCGCCACCAGAUUGUUUUUUGUGUAUAGAUCCUCUUUAGCCGGAAACACCGUCCAACAGUGUAAUUCUGCCUGCCUGCC